CUUGAGUUCAACGUCAAGCUAGUCGAACUCCAGAAACUUUGGCACGACAUGUAGCUGAUGGCAUUGAUUGCCGCGGCCUAUUUUGGAAACGUCCAUGACUUGAUGGAUGGCCUGAGGGAUGGCGAGGACAUCGAAGAAGCUGACCCAAAAGACGGUUGCCGUCCCCUGCAUGCCGCUGUGAUCACAGAUCAGGAAGAAGCAGUUGCGUACCUCCUCCGGCAAAAUGCCAACCUGGAGGCCUCAGGCCCUGAUGGCUUGAGUCCACUCCAAUUGGCGUGUCGUUGUGAUGCUGUUGGCGUGAUUCGGCUUUUGCUGGACCAACGUGCCAACCCAACAGGUGCAGCGGACAUUUGUGAAGCACAUGGUACUGCGCGAGCUCUGCAGGUCUUGCAGGGUGUGGAUCUGAAAAACGAAGAUCCUGUCUGUGAGUCUGAAGGCGAACUUGCACCAAUUGGAACUGAAGAAAGACGAAUUGGAACUUUCACGAAAGAGGAAGGCGACAAAAGCGAGAGUUCACAGCGCCCAUGCUUUGGAUCGGCCGUGGACCCAACUUUCCUCGAGGAAGAAGCGGAACAAACCGCUCUUGCUAUGGCCCUCGAGAUGGAACAAGAAAGUGCUUGAACGAGGCCCUGGACAUGCUCAGGACGUGAUGGCCAGGUAAACUACCCUCUGGAAGCGUUUGCGGCCUUGCGCGAAAUGGUGUGACGCAUUGCGCAACAUGGACACAGCGAUGAAUGCUUUUGCUCAAUAUGUGGAUUCUUUGUGCACUUUGCGCACAGCAUGGAAUUAUUGCUGUGCCUGUAUAUAUUUGGUUGAGGGCUGCGCAAGUUGGAGGGUGUUCAGGGGUUUUUAUGGCACAAGGCCUCCAAAGUCAACCCCAAUCUUUGGUUUGUUUCUUUCUUUUGUCGCCUUUCUCACAAUCGCUUCACAACUUGCAGGCAGAAGUGCAGGUUUGGCUCGAAAGCAAAAGGGCAAAAGGUGUAAGAGG